UGCUGGGACGCGUACCAGGCGAGUGCGGCGCCGCGCUGCCGCCACUGCGCAGCCCCGAUCCUCGCCGUGCCCGGGCGCUUUGACGGCCGCUUUUACGAGCUCAACGACGGGUCUGGGAAGGUGCAUUUUGAGUGCUGGGACGCCUUCCGCCUGCGCUAA